CGCUACCAUAUACAAAUCACCUCUCAUCACGAGGAAGUCUCACCUACGAGCACCUGAGAAACGCCUUGUUUUCGAUUUUCAGCUCAACUCAGCAAGAGAUAACAUUAAAAAGUCAUUGAUUUAUAUCAGUGAACGUGAACAGGCCAGAGGGAAGACGUGAAGACGGAGACUGAUUUGCAGAUGGUACUUUGAGAGCACUGACGCCCGAUGAAUCUGACUCUGUGAAAAGAUGUUUCAUCAUGCUGGUAGGCAAGCUAAGACAUCUGGGUUUGUCCGCAUUGCCGUCUACGGCCCGUUUCUUAUCAUAUUCACCACCACCAUCCCCCCUCAGCAGCCGGUCACCGCCUUCCCCGACCCUACAAUAGUAGGGCAGUUUUGCAGAGAUCCAGGUGUUCCAGAGCAUGGACGCAGAACACCAAGCACCGGUGUGUUCUUUGAGAAUUCAGUGGCCAGAUUCUCCUGUGUAGAGGGGUACAGACUAAAGGGAGCAGCAAAGAUCACAUGCACACGCUUCCAAAAUGGAUCGAUGGGUUGGAGACCAAGCCUUACACCACUGUGCCUUCCAGAAGAUUGUCUUCCUCCAUACAUUGAGGAUGCUGAUGUUGCUAAUAAGACCUACAGGCCUGGGGAUAUCCUCGAUAUUAGCUGUCAUGAGGGAUUUCAGAUCCGUUAUCCUGACAUGGAUAACAUGGAAUCGGUUUGCCAAGAGGAUGGAACCUGGGACAAUCAGCCUAUCUGUCAAGGCUGCCUGCGCCCUUUGAUUCCUCCUCACAGUUACAUGAACAUCUCUGAGACAGAGUUUUCUGUGCCAGUCGGAACGGUGGUACAUUACCAGUGCUACCCUGGCUACAAGCUGGAGGGGGCAGAAUUACUGGAAUGCAUGUACAACCUCAUCUGGUCAGAUGUGCCACCCCGGUGCCUUGACGUUGAAGUAUGUCCAUUACCUCCAAUGGUAGAGCAUGGAGAUUACAUAUGCCAUCCACACCCAUGCAACCGCUAUAUCCAUGGGACUGUAGUAGAGUUCUAUUGUGAUCCUGGCUAUCAUCUAGCAGAUGAUUACAAAUACAUCACCUGUCAGUAUGGGCAGUGGUUCCCUCAGAUGCAAAUCUACUGCAUUCAAGAUGAGACCACCUAUCCAGGCUUUCAGGACUCCUUACUGACCACUUGGAAAGUGGUGGCAUUCACCGCAUCCAGUGUGCUGUUAGCUCUGCUCCUGGUGAUCAUGGCAAAGGUGUUCCAUUUCAAAUGCAAGACCCACCAAAACUCAAGUGAUGUGCAAGAGGACAACAGGGGUCCAAAUGUUUUAGUAGUAGAUGGCGUUGCUGUGUGCCUGCCUUCCUACGAGGAGGCAGUUGGCAGCACCAGUUACCAGCCACCACAUAUGCUACCCCCUGCUGGUCCAGAAAGUGCACAGCUCUCAGAGGAGCAAGACCCCCCUUCAUAUCCAGGGCACACAGAAAGUCAGAAUGGCGCUCCACUGGACACUGGAGAGGGAGAGACAUGUGACAGCAUCUCGAACACAUCAGAGUGUCUUCAGGCCACAAAUGCGUCGUCUUCACAUGCUGUAGGACUGAACAACAUGUCUGAGAAGACUAAUGUGAUCACCUCGAUGGAGGAGACUGCCUCCACAAGCCCCAGCAUAGACAUAGCAGAUGAAAUUCCUCUUGUGGAGGGUGAUGAAGAGGACUGCUGAUACUGUAGAUAUCCACCAUGAAUUUUCUCAUUGCUGUAGUUAGGUGUUUCUGCACUCCACAUUUAUGAUUUCUUUAAUUAAUUUUACACAGACCUCUUUAUUUCACAGAAUGGCUGAUAUUAAAGCUAGAGCACACAAAACACUAGCAGGGCAAUACAGGCAAUAAGAGUCAUGUUUGUAAUUUCUCAUGCUUUGAUCAUGGGAAAAGACUAUGCAUUCAUUGAACAAACUGUUUCAGUGUGAAUCUUACAUAAUCUCUCAAAAAUACAGCAGUUACCAAAGGGAAAAUGAUUACAAUUUACAUAGCCUUUAGGCAUUACAACUGAGUCAUGCUUUUAAUUGGUUAACUCUGUCUAGCUAGCCUUGAAAUGCUACACAGAACACAUAAUGAAAUACACCACUAUUAAGUCACACUCAGAAAUCUGUACCUGCUCUAAUUUAGAGAUGAUUGAGAAUGAUCAAGGUCGCAUUAAAUCAUAUUUACAAAUAUUUGACAUGUGUAAUCCAAGCGUCAGGUUUUACCAAUAUGUUAAUACGUUUGUUGCUAUCCAGACGUCCAGAAAUGAUCAGAAUUAAAAUACAGUUUUUCUUAAAUAA